UUUUGAAGCCUUUUGGUAAGUUGGACAAGCCACAGCGUUGUUUUGUCCUAUGCCAUCAAAACUAGUUACGUUAGCUACUUUUAUUUGGGGUCCAAUCAAGCUCGAUUAAAGUUGACACGGUUAACCGGACUUCUUAAUGAGCAAAACGGAGAAGUUGGUUAAAAAAUGACUGCAUAAUUUGCCCGAUGCUGAGCUGUUGAUAACAGGAAGCAGGGGGUUGUAAACAGCCCCUUGCUUGCGGUGACUCGGAAGCCAUAUAACAUUAGCUGGAAGAAAACACUUGCCCCUCUAUUAUUACCAAAAUUACAAAAGGCGCCUAUGUCAGCAGGGGAGGCGACUCACAAUAACUUACAGCCGGCGAGAGGUAUCGGGAGAUGGAUGAAGUCAAACCAAACGGCUCCACCUGAUGCAUAACACUUUCAAAGAACUGUUAACGAAUCCUGCUAAUUAACGGCUUUGCGCUUGGCCCUGGGACUGAGUCGCGCGCGCGCCGGGAGCUGUUCAGACUGGUCGGGUCCUGACGCCGUCGAAUGGGCCGAUACUUCGCUGGAUGACCGAAACCACAAAGCCUACAUCUCCCGGUCCUCGGAGGGCACGUAGCGGACAGGACUUCAUCCCGCUUGCUUCGAAGACUGUGCCAUGUGCCUCCCUGGCGUCCAGAUGCUGCCCACAUAGAGGCUGAGCCGAACCCUGAGACUUCCGUCUGCACCGCAGAGGAUGCUGGGAAUGUGCCGCGGGCGCAGGAAGUUCCUCGUCGCCUCCCUCGCCCUGCUCUUCAUACCGGCGCUCACCUGGCUCUACCUGUCCGCCGGCAACUUCCAAGUGAAGUCCCUCCCCCUGUCGCCCCUGGAGCCCCAGUCAGCCACGCUGCCGGGCGGGUCCCGGGACAGGCUGGCGCUGGAGAUGCGGGUCCGAGAGGUGGAGGAGGAGAACCGGGCCCUGCGGCGGGAGCUCAGCCAGCCCCCCAGGGCGGCCCACCACCACCACGGGCGCCACGGCAACCAGUCCCGCACCUACUCCACGGAGGAGGGCACGGGGGACAGCGAGGGCCAGCGGGCGGUUGCCGCUGGCAACAGCUCUGACUGCGCGCAGCAGCCGCCAGUAGACAAAUGCGAGACCAUUCACGUGGCCAUUGUCUGCGCCGGGUACAACGCCAGCCGAGACGUGGUGACGCUGGUCAAGUCGGUCCUCUUUCACCGGCGGAAUCCCCUCCACUUCCACUUCAUCACAGACUCCAUCGCCCAGCAGAUCCUGGCCUCCCUCUUCCACACCUGGAUGGUCCCGGCCGUCCGCGUGGACUUCUACGAUGCCGACGAGCUCAAGUCGGAAGUGUCAUGGAUCCCCAACAAGCACUACUCUGGGAUCUACGGACUCAUGAAGCUGGUGCUGACAAAGACCCUGCCCCCCGACCUGCAGCGUGUCAUCGUCCUCGACACUGACAUCACCUUUGCCACCGACAUCGCCGAGCUGUGGGCCGUCUUCCACAAGUUCAAAGGACAACAGGUGUUGGGGCUGGUGGAGAACCAAAGUGACUGGUACCUGGGAAACCUAUGGAAGAACCAUCGCCCAUGGCCUGCCCUGGGAAGAGGCUUCAAUACAGGUGUGAUCCUGCUGCUGCUGGACAGGCUGAGGAAGCUGAGGUGGGAGCAGAUGUGGAGACUGACAGCGGAGCGGGAGCUCAUGAGCAUGCUGUCCACCUCGCUGGCCGACCAGGACAUCUUCAACGCGGUCAUCAAGCAGAACCCCUUCCUGGUGUACCAGCUGCCCUGCUUCUGGAAUGUGCAGCUCUCUGACCAUACCCGCUCCGAGAAGUGCUACAAGGACGUGUCCGACCUAAAGGUUAUCCACUGGAACUCCCCUAAGAAGCUGCGUGUGAAGAACAAGCACGUGGAGUUCUUCCGGAACCUCUACCUGACCUUCCUGGAGUACGAUGGUAACCUGCUGCGCCGGGAGCUGUUUGGCUGCCCCAGCGAGACCGACCACAACAGCGAAAACCUCCAGAAAACACUAUCGGAGCUGGACGAGGACGACCCCUGCUACGAGUUCCGGCGGGAGCGCUUCACCGUUCACCGGACGCACCUGUACUUCCUGCACUACGAGUACGAGCCCGCGGACGACCACACCGAUGUCACGCUUGUGGCGCAGCUCUCCAUGGACAGGCUGCAGAUGCUGGAGGCCAUCUGUAAGCACUGGGAGGGCCCCAUCAGCCUGGCCUUGUACCUGUCGGACGCCGAGGCCCAGCAGUUCCUGCGCUAUGCCCAGGGCUCCGAGGUGCUGAUGGGCCGUGGCAACGUGGGCUACCACAUCGUCUACAAGGAGGGCCAGUUCUACCCCGUCAACCUGCUGCGCAACGUGGCCAUGAAGCAGGUCAACACGCCCUACAUGUUCCUGUCCGACAUCGACUUCCUGCCCAUGUACGGCCUCUACGAGUACCUCAGGAAGUCCGUGGUGCAGCUCGACAUGGCCAACACCAAGAAGGCCCUGGUGGUGCCUGCAUUUGAGACACUGCGCUACCGCCUGUCCUACCCCAAGUCCAAGGCCGAGCUGCUGUCCCAGCUGGACAUGGGCACACUCUUCACCUUCAGGUACCAUGUGUGGACGAAAGGCCACGCCCCCACCAAUUUCGCCAAGUGGAGGACUGCGACCACGCCCUACCGGGUGCAGUGGGAGGCGGACUUUGAGCCCUAUGUGAUGGUGCGGAGGGACAGCCCAGAGUACGACCGCAGGUUCGUGGGCUUCGGCUGGAACAAAGUGGCUCACGUCAUGGAGCUGGAUGCACAGGAGUAUGAGUUUGUGGUCCUGCCAAACGCCUACAUGAUCCAUAUGCCACAUGCUCCCAGCUUCGACAUCACCAAGUUCCGCUCCAACAAGCAGUACCGCGUCUGCCUCAAGACCCUGAAGGAGGAGUUCCAGCAGAACAUGUCCCGCCGCUACGGCUUCGCCGCACUCAAGUACAUGACCGCCGAAAACAACAGCUAGGCCUCGCCCCUCUUCAGGGAUCGCCCGUUUCACCCUCGGUGGAGAGGACGGAGAGAGAAGGCCGCAGCUCCUCCGCAAAGCUGCCGGGCCUCUCGGGGAAACUUUCGCCACAUCUCAAGAGUUUCCCCCGGACCUCUUCUCUGUAUUUGAACUUACUGUGUAUGGGCUGAAGAGGCUGUCUGGGGAUGAGGGGGAGUCUGCAUUGCUGCGAGAACUGAGGACAUACAGCUAUAGGUGUCUCUGCGUCAUAAUGGAGGGAACAGUCACUGACAGAAACCGUGGGGACUCUGGCCUGGGUGGCUUGUCGGAUUUAUCAGCCUUAUGGGUCCCAGGAGAGAGUCUCCACAUCCUACUGCUCCAAUUUUAUUCAAUUUUCAAAAGUAACACACAACACACGCACACACACACGCACACACACACACACACACCAAUUAAAAAAUAUAGCCUAUAUGUUUUUCAUCCAGCCUGGUGCCCCAACAGUACAACAUGCACUUAAUAAGUGACACAGUGUUGCACUGUUAUCCUUAGUACCCUUUUUGUCACAACAGAAGGGCAAGCGCUCCUCUCUGCCCAGCCUUUUUUGUUUUCAUUUAAUGUCGUGGCUGUAUGCUGAGGGUGCCAAUCAGAAAAAUGGCUGGACAGAGAUCCGCCUUCAGUGGAAUGAACAUGUGGCCUUGGAGUCUUGCACACUACAAGGCUCCAUCUUCCAGGUACACUUGCCAGUAUAUUUACUGCACACUGCAAAGCUACAGAAUGUACAUCAGUGUGUUUUCCAUGUAGUGGGAGAAGUCUGAACGCUAUGCGUACACCAGUCAAUAGCAGCCUUAGUCUGCCAUUUUGAUUGACAGCAUCAUAGGAUUCCAAUAAAAAGUCCCCUAUAGAAUUCAUCUGUACAAAAAGAAUCAACACACUGAUAGCAAUCUUCAAUAUUUUGACCCCUAACACUGAAUUUACUUCACAAUCAAGGGUUGGUAUUGAUCAGAAUGAAUCUCCUGACUCAGAUUAAAAAGGGAACUACAAUGACAACGUCUUUGCUUUGCGCUUAUUCGGAGAAACUUGUUUUCAGGGUAUUUGUACAGCAGCUCCACACAUUUAAAAUAAAGGGUCAUUCUGUGUAGUCGGAAGAGACACUAUAAGACAGUUUGGGCCCUGGUCGCCAAGACUGUGACCUGUGUAGAAGAUGUAUGGGCUGAGCCUUUAUAUGCCCCAAUCAAGACAAUUGGUUGGAGCCAGUGUGGCAAGUCAUGUGAUUGGUUGCUGAUGUGGGUGGGUCCACAGGGUGAACUCCAAGGGAGCGUUCGAAAAAUCAGAACGUCAUGGCCGGAUGCUGAAGCUCGCCACGUGGCCACAAGCAGACUGACUGCCCCAACUGCCCCUUUGUCCACACAGUGCCACACCCUCCCUGUCUUACAGACCUACCAUACCAGAGACUGCACAGUGCUUCAUGUUGAGAAGGACUUCCCAUGGAAUGAAAGGAGGACAUCAAUGUUUUUUUGUUAAUUAUUAUUUGUCAGUAUUAUGUAUCUGUAUGUGUUUUACAAUUUCAGUGUCUAAAACAAGCGAGCAAACAUAAAAUACACUACCCACAUGCUGUGAUGGAGGGGAGGGGAGGGUCUGCAGCGGACAGGGCGUGUCCAGUGGGAAUACGGCUGAUGUGGUGCACUGGUCCUCGUGUUGUGUGGACGUGGUGAUGAGCAGGAAGCAAGCACAGGGCAUGCUCAGGAAUGUGAACAUCAGUGGGAUCUCUGCAGCUGUUGUGCCCGCAAACACACUUAACGAAGACCGGGGCAGCCGUUAAAAUGGAAAGCAGUCACUAAUGCUUCCGGCUGUGUUAAUAACUGAUUAGCGGACAAUUUUCAGCUCGACUGACUCGCGCCUCCUGUGCUGCCCUCGUC